AUGUCGCCGCCGUCUGUUAUUUCAGAUAAUGGCGCGCAGUCCAGCAAUCCCCGGGACCCUCCACUCACCGUGGCCGCAUUCUCACCCACAACUACAGCCGGCUCGUCACUCACAUCACGACAGCGCUCGAGCGUCAUCGUUAAUCGCAAAUCUCCUCUUUUAGUCGCCACACCUCCGCCCAUUACACGUGCUUUGGCGCAUUCUCACCCAUUCAUCUUACCAUUAAACAAACUCGCCGGUCUGUUAACAUGGUCUAGCGGAGAUCCAUGGGCAAGCUUCUUGCUGGUGGCCGGAUUUUGGGCUAUUGUUCUGUAUUCCGAUGCCAUUAUUUUAUACGCGGGACCAAUACUAGUGGUGGUCUCGUUGAUUCUAGGAAUGUAUUCGAGACGAUAUUCGCCACUCUCGUCGACCGGGGUAACGGGAGAAAAGCAUGGACACAAGAGACACUCGUCUGAAGUGUCUAGUCGGCAUCAGAAAAGCCUAGACGAGAUUGUCGAGACGAUGAGAGAAUUUACUACCAGAUGCAAUAUCAUGCUAGGACCGCUGCGAGAAAUGACGGAUUUUCUUUCGACACAAAGCAGCGCAACAUCCGCUACUACGCGUCCUGCUUUGACCUCGCUUUUGAUUCGAAUUAUUUGUAUUACGCCGAUAUGGAUACUUCUCACCCUUCCCCCAUUUUAUAUCAUCACUACUCGACGGGUUGUUCUAAGUGUUGGAACCAUUAUCCUUACAUACCAUUCCAGCCCUGCGCGAGUCUUCAGGGUUCUUUUAUGGCGGUCAUUGACUAUUCGGCGUAUCUGCGCUUUUCUUACGGGACUCAAUUUCUCGACGGAAAAGCCAGCAGAUCAAGCAGUCGACAAGUCAAAAACUGCUCAAUCAAAAACUCAUGCUACGGCGAUUGCAACGUCCAACAAUAGCAAUGCUGGUGUGCGAUUCACUUUUAUCGUGUAUGAGAAUCAGCGACGGUGGUUGGGCAUUGGAUGGACGUAUUCACUGUUCCCGCACGAGCGUGCAGCCUGGACGGAUGAACAUUUGAAUCCUGUGCCACCAAAAGAUAGUUUCGAACUUCCUGAAGCUAAUGGUGGUAAUGCCGUAUGGCGUUGGGUUGAAGGAAGCCAAUGGCGCAUUGAGGGCGGCGAUAAUACCAGUGACGGUGGUGGCUGGAUAUAUUACGAUAACAAGUGGCAAGACGGCCGACGAGGGGACAGCUGGGGCCGGUACACUCGCCGUCGGAAGUGGCACAGAGAUGCUGAACUUGUCGAAGUUGAUGAAAAUGGGUCGAUUCCUGAAAGCACGGACAAAGUGCAGGAUGACGCGGCAAGUAUUCAAUCGAUGGCAUCGACAGAGCCUCGAGGAAGUGUACGAAAACGUCGAUGGUUCAAUGGCUCGAAAGAUCUGAACCGAAGCACCCUAUCAUCACCAUCAAAUGCAUCCACAUUCUCAUUCAAUAACCAAGACGCGGACAAUUCCACUUCUUCGCAAGAUAAACCCUCCGCAUCAAGCACGGCGAGGACUAAUUCCCGACCCGUGAGUCUACAUCGUUCCCGCGCAAGUGACCACGGAAUUAAACCUGGAUAUCCAUAUAGCAGUAGCCCCGGCCAACGGAGCACCACAAGUUCUCUAGGUCGCGUGGCAUUCGGCGGGGAAAGUGACGGCGGCGACGCAGACAGUCAGAAGAGUAUCCGAGAUCGCGAGAUUGAGGAUGCGCAAAAUCGGCUUGAUCGGUGGGGUGCUAGGGCAACUGGUGGCACAGAAAGAGCGGAAAGGGAGUUUGGAUUAGGGGAUGAUGUUAACAUGGGUUUGAGCUGAAUUGUGAUACCUUUGCUUGUGUUUUCAUUACGGAUUGAUUUGGAUUUAACUAUACUAUAUCCCUAAGUUUGGUACGUCUA